CUCGUUAGCACAAUCACAGCUGCUGCAAAAGCCAUGACGACAUGGAGCUUUACACGGCGGUCAUCUACUUCGGGAUGUCGUUUGCUGUUUGCAGCGUCGGGCUCGGCCGCCAGCUGAGUGCAAAAGCAAAAGUGUACACUGCUGCGAACAUGGCUUCGCAGUCGGACGACAGCAUAUCGGUUGAUUUAGAAAAUUGGAUGUCCAAAUUACCCCAAGAGCUUCAUAGUGUACCCAUCAACAACCUUUCUAUUCCUGGCUCCCACAAUUCUGGCAGCUACUCCCUGUCACCCCAGUCUCCCGUUGCACCAGACAACGAGAUCUAUGGCACUCAGCUCAUCAAAACUCUCGGACCCAUUGGCAAGCACAUCCUCUACAGCUGGUCUCUCACCCAAUCCGAGACGGCAAAGCAACAGUUAUGUGCUGGCAUACGAUACUUUGACCUGCGCAUCGCCACAAAGAGCGACCCCAAAGACCAGAACCUCUACAUUGUGCACGGCCUCUACGGCUACGCCAUCGACAACUUCUUCCUGGAAGUCAAGGCAUUCCUCGACGAACAUCCUAGGGAGGUCCUGCUCCUUCAUUUCCAACACUUCUACAACAUGUCGGACGACGACCACCAACGUCUGCUUCAUAAGCUGACGAGCACCUUCGGCGCACUCAUGUGUCAGUUCACCGAGAAGCUGGAAAACCUGACGCUGACCUCCCUUUGGAGAAAAGGCUCUCAGGUCCUUUCGUUUUACAACCACGAUCGUCUGGCCAAGUACCACCCAUUCUUGUGGCCAGCCAGUUACAUCCCAAAUCCAUGGCCAAACACUGAUAACGUCAGUGCUCUAGUAACGUUCUGGGAUAAUCAGAUUGCUAAGGGAAGAGAUGCAAACAGGUUCUCUGUACUACAGGGCGUCGGAACACCACAGGCUACAACUGUAGCGUUCCACAUCUGUUCGAGUCUUCGGACUUUAAUUGUACCAAAAGUCAACGUGGCAUUGGAUAGUUGGGUGGUGGGAAAGGUUCCAGGAGGCGAGCACGGUGUCAACGUAGUCAUGUGUGAUUUUAUGGAGAUGGAUGACUACCAUAUGCCCAAAUUGGUUGUGGACUUGAAUUUAAAGUUGUUGGAGAAUUUGGCAUAAUCCUGGCCUUAAUGAUUGUUGUAAUGGAGUGAUAAGACUAGCAGGCACCCUCAACUCCUAAAACAUGCACCACGUAGGCCCAGGACCAAUUGACUGCAGUGCAAUGCCUAGUCUAUUAUUUCUGCUCAAUCAUGUCGUCGUCUUUCUCGCAAGAAGCUAAACCUUUGCUCCAACAUGGGCGAGAGAAACCAUUGUUUAAGCACAUGCACCAUAGACAGCCACGUGUUCCGCAACGAGGACAAGUAAAUCUGGCUCUCUUUCCAGGUUUCAUAAUUUCGAGUUCACUUUGAACAAUUUUAGUUGAAUUAAAAUUUAUGGUGCUCGUUCCCAUGCAACGAACAACUCCAGCCAUUCCAACUGAGCUGAGGAUUCCUACAAAUGAUAAAUAUAUCCUCUGGGUGUUGAGCACAGUUAGAAAUUGACUCAGCCGUUUGCAACUGUUGUCUGCUAGCAGGUCAUGAGGAUUUAAUGAAUUUGUGCAAAUUUAUGGCCAAAGAAUGAGUACCUGUAUGCUGAACGCAGAUGUUGAAUAGAAAGGACAAUUUUUUUUUCUUCUUCAUUGAAGUAUUUUACUGUGAAAUAACUCAUUGUUAUAGUAAUUUUGUUUAAGACUCGUAGUUAUCUGCAGUGAGUGCAAAUCUAUGUUGACGUAUACCACGUGCUCUGUACUGCUGACAGGCCUGCCCACAUACAGAGUGAAGUUGCACUGUUACAUGUAUGUGGACACUGUACAAAAUGUGAAGAUACCACUGAUUCAAAGAUUUAAUAUUGUAAAAUUCCUACUGUUGGCAUUUACAAAAACCAACAUUGUGUAAUAUACAGGAACCACAAUGCAUUUAUCAAACACGCCAGAAAUGCCUAGAGCAACACAUACAUACUAGUUUGUACCCUGCACACUGUAUAUUGAAAUGGCAGCAUUAUCUCUGUACGAGCGUUGCUUUAUGUAUUGUCAGCUGUCCAAAAGUGCACCGAUGCAAGAGAGUCCACAAAAUUCAUGACGCUAGAUGGAAGUUUAACAAGGAUGACACACAACGUAAGACAGAAGAUUCGAGACUCACUGCUCCGACCAUCAUAGGGACAAAAGGGAUCAGGAAAUAAUAAGAGGCCAUGCUUAUUAUAGAAAAAGGGUCAGGGUGUGUUAGCUCACUAUCUAUAGCCCCAUCCAAAAAAGGAAGUUGAAUUUGUAGGCCAAGUUUGCAGAUGCUAAAGCCCUCUUUCUCACGUAGGUCAGUUACGCUGACGCAGUAAAGCCAGUUAUUAGGAGGAGUUUGUGUUGUCUUUGUUCUACUUUCCUCCAGCGGCAGGAGUACAGCUUGAGACAAAAGUUUACGGAACAUGGCACUGGCGUGUUUCUUCGGAGCAGCUCCUGCUAGGUAUUAGGAACAGAUCGAAUAUGAAACGGGUGAGCAGCUUCUAUCCAUCUCUCAGUAUGUGUGUCUGUUCCCGUUUGCUGCUAGGGUGUCGCCUCAACAGAAAAAUAUGACACUGUGGUGUUCCAUAAACUUGUUUUCCCAAGCUGUACGUGGUCAAGUUGCAUUCCUGAAAGUGGAUCCUUUUACAGCUGUUCCACCUGCUAACUUCAAACUGCAUUUUGUGUGUGUGUGCCUUGGAAAAGAACUGUUGAAUCAUCGUGAUCAUUACAAUUCUUAAUUUACAACAAUCGUCCGUAAACAUAUUUCAGAUCAGGAUUUUGCCAAAACCUGCGAAGGUUGAGGAUACAGACUGAUAUUGCAGCGUUCUGUUGAUAUUUUGUGUACACUUGUUCGAGAUUUCACAUUUACUCGCAUAAUGAAGCACUUUUUGAAGUGUAAACAUAGCGCCACAAAGGGGUUGCGUUGAUUACGAUAUUAAAAUCGGAACAUGUUUUA